AUGGCUCCAAUUCGAAACAGUGCAGUAAUCUUUGCAGAAGUUCCAACUGGUUAUCCAGAAGUUGGUAAACAUCUUAAAUAUGUUGAUGAUCGAACAAUUGACCUCGAUACAGUUGAAGCAAAAGGUGGUAUUGUCACAAAAAAUCUUGUAAUAUCUAUUGAUCCAUACAUGCGUGGUCGUAUGAGAGAUCCAUCAGUGAAAAGUUAUGCACCUGGAUUUCAACUUAACGAACCAUUAGUAAAUUUUUUCGUUGGAAAAGUUGUUAAAUCUGACAAUUCACGAUUUAAAAUUGGUCAAUAUGUUUAUGGUAUGGGUUCUUAUGAAGAAUAUACAGUUCAUCCAAAAGAAGCAACUGAUACUAUUAAAAUUUUAAGUGAAGAAGAACUUAAACUUGGUAUACCAUUAACAGCAUGGGUUGGUGCAGCUGGUAUGCCUGGACAAACAGCUUUUCAUGGUUUUUAUGAUAUCGGAGAACCAAAGAAAGGUGAAACAAUUUUUAUUACAGGAGCAUCCGGUGCUGUCGGUCAAAUUGUUGGUCAAUUUGCUAAACGUGAAGGUUUGAAAGUCAUUGGAUCAGCUGGUUCAGAUGAUAAAGUACAAUGGCUUCAAAAAGAACUUAAUUUUGAUCAUGCAUUUAAUUAUAAAACAGCUACAGCUAAAGAUGAACUUGCUAAAUUUGACCCAUUAAAUAUCUAUUUUGAUAAUGUUGGUGGUGAUCAAUUAGAAGCAGCUCUUGAUGCUGCUGCUAAUGAAGCACGAUUUGUUGAAUGUGGAAUGAUAUCACAAUAUAACGAACGUGAUGCUCAUGGCAUUCGAAAUCUUAUGCAAAUUGUUGCUAAACGACUUAAACUUCAAGGUUUUAUUAUAUUAGAUAAAUACAAAGAUGCAAAUUUUAUGAAAGAUUUUUAUACAAAAGUUCCAAAAUGGAUUGCUAGUGGUGAAAUUAAAAUAAAAGAAGAUGUAACUAAAGGUUUAGAAAAAGCACCAGAAGCAAUUGUUGGAAUUUUUCAAGGAAAAAAUUUCGGAAAAGCAGUUAUUCAAAUUGCUGAUGAUGCAUAA